AUGGACGGCAAUAACGGCCCUAAGCGGGCGCGUAGUGAGACUAUGGAGGAGACCUCCAGCGGGUCAACGACGCCUGCGCAAGGCGCUGAGGCGACCCCGGUACGUGACCCAGUGCUGGAGGCGCAGCUGGAUCAGCUCGGUUUGGAUGAGGAAUUCAAGGCGUCGCUGCGUUGCAUGUCACCAAAUACACGCAGAGAUGUGAUAAACGACAUUAUACGGAACCAACAGCAUGAACGGGCUUCCGUGGAGACACCGUUUGGUUUUCUUUCUGUCUUGGGCGGUUCCUCCUUCCUGUCGUUCCCCCCCGACCUAGACGUGCACCUCUCUCUGGAGGAUGAGGAUGAGGAGGAAGAAAGGGGAUCUGAGGCACAAGGGUCGCUGUCGCCACCGCGGCGCCUUUCCCCACGCAAUGGAACAGACGACAGGUCGGGUAAUUCGAGAACGGAGUCGGAGGCGCUCCGAGAGCAGUUCCUGCGUUCCCAGCUGCUGUAUCUACUACACGCGGUGCGGAGCAGAACAGUUGUCAACACCAUUUCCGAGGUCUUUGCGCAGCGUUCUCUGGGCAUGACUCAGGACAUUGACGAUAUGUCGUAUGAACAGCUGCUGGAGCUUCAGGAGCGCAUUGGGUACGUCAGCAAAGGCAUUACAAAGGAACAGAUGCAGCAGUGCAUGCAAGACGUGCCAUGGCCGAAGGAAGGCAGUUGCGUCGUCUGUCAGAUCGAAUGGCAGGAUGGCACCGGCGACAAUGAGCGAAGCGUGGAACUGCAGGCAUGCCAUCACGUCUUUCAUCAGCGCUGCAUUGAGCAGUGGCUGGCCUCCAACAAGACAUGCCCGGUCUGCAAGAAGGAGGUGCUGUAA